AGGGACCAGAUGCGCUUCUCGUCGAUGGCUAUGGCCCAUUGGUGCAAUGGCUCAAAAAAGAUAUCGAGAGGUUGGGCGGAAAGUUCAUUUUGGGGGAGAAAGUGGCCGAAGUCACGCUGCAAGAAGGAGAGGGCGAAGAGGAUGAAGGAAAAGUACUCUUGAAAACUCAAAAGACGACAAGAGAUGCUACCGAUGAAUCUAAUCAACAAGCGCCGACCCAGAAGCAAUACCUGACUCCUUACUCGCUCUUGACCUUACCACUAGGAGUUCUCAAGCAUGAUCCUCCGGUAUUCAAUCCACCUCUACCGCUCCGAAGGAGACAAGCUAUCGAUCGUUUGGGAUUCGGUUUACUCGAUAAAGUAGUAUUGGUGUACGAAACGGCAUGGUGGGCCAGUUCCGAACAACCAGCUACACGUCCGAAUGAUGGAAACGAGGAUGAGGCCGAGGAGCAAGGCGAUUCAACAAUCAAAAUGCUUCUGGUCUCAGACGAACAUCCGACUAGACUCAUGGGUCCAUCCGGUGGGCUGUAUCCCGACUCGGAGAAUAUCCCAACGGGAGCAUUUCCACCUCGUACACCAGAGUACGUGAAGGAGCAUCCGCAAGCCCUGAUGAUAUUUGACGUGCACGCGCAAUCUGGUAUCCCUGCAUUAUGUCUGUUCAUCGGAGGUGAACGCGGGGAUGUCAUGGAAGCCUGCACGGAUGAGGAGACGAAGAGAUGGGCUGUAGACGCCGUCAACAGCUAUCUGGGGAAACCAUUGUUCACCAGCCGCAGUACCAAUCAAAACAAAGAUAUCCCCCAGCCCAAAGAAGUAAUCAGGACAACGUGGAGAGCGGAUCCCAAUGCAUAUGGCAGUUAUUCCUUCAUUCCGAAAGGAGGGAUUGAAGGCCAAACAGCUGCUUCACCUAUCGAUCAACUAGAGCUGUCCCGCACCUUAUGGGACAAGGUUUUCUGGGCUGGUGAGCAUACCGAAGUAAAUAGGUAUUCGACUGUUCAUGGAGCCUGGACGACUGGCGUAAGAGAAGCCGAAAAGAUACUAGUGAAGUUGGAAGCGAAAUAG